GUAAUCGUCAAAAAUAUGAUAAUAAUGAUAUUUUUGUUUUCGAUAUGAGAAUACAUUUAGGGUAUUCACUGAUUCCAAUUUGAUUCUGCGAUUGUUCUGCAUUGAUAUAUGAAAAAAAUUCUUUUCUCAGCAAUAUCCAUUCGUAUUAAUCAACCAUCGGUUUUAAAUUUUAACCUUAUUAUGAACGUAAAAUAUAUCUUGUAAAAAUGAUGUUUGGGGAGGAUUCUAAAACGCAGUUUAUCGAACAAACAAGAGCUGCACGAAUAGAAAGAGCAAAUGAUCGUAAACGCGAACAAUCGGCUAUCCUUGUCCAGUCAUUUGUCAGAGGAUGGCUAGUUCGCAAACGCACUCAGAACUUAAUACUGUAUCAGUUUGAUGAAACCUUUGAGAACAUCAGUGAUUUGAAACCAGCUGUUAAGGUUUAUGUGACUGCAAAAAAAUUACUGAAUUGUUAUAAUGAACAGCGAGAUAGACAUCGAUUUGAGAAACUCUGCAGGUAUAUAAUUCUAAGUUUGGAAUCUGAAUCGAUUAAAUAUAGCUAUAUAUCAGUAGCUUUGACUAAAGAACAUGCUGUAAACUGGAUAAAUCAUGUGAAAGAAAUCCUGUCACUUUGUCUUGGUUAUUUAUCUACUCUACAGCCAAAAUCACUAGAGGAUUCAUGUUUUUUACAUACUUUACUUCAUAUGAUUGUAUCCUUUACAUCAACAUCAAGAUGGUGUGCUAUAAAUUCAAAUAAUUCCCUACAAGGGUUAAAACCAGGAUUAGAACGUUUAACAGAAAACUUAGUUGCACACUUAUUGAAUAAUGAUGUGUUUAACACUAUGCAGAAAUUGCUAAUAACAGGACUAUUGGGCAUAAAAGUGUUUUUAAAACCUGUUGCCAUGACUGCUAUCAUGACCAUUUGUUGGAGGUGUUUAGUUUUGAGUAAUUUUUCAACAAAUGUGUUUCUAUUAUUUGUUAUCAAAAUUUAUUCAAUACCCUUAUUAAUGGAACAUUUAAUAUCUCUCUCUCCUAAAAUUAUUGAAACAUUUCAAUCAAUUAAUCUUCUUGAAAAGAUAAUGCUACUAUUGAAUGAUCAAAACCAAUGUGAUGAAAUAUAUCAUUCUUUACAUCCAAGCUGGUGUUUGUCAUUGAUUGGAAAUAUUAUACAUUUAGCUGAAUUGAGUGCUGAAACAAAACAAUUUGAAGAAAAUUCUACUUCUGUUUUUAUAGUUGGUUUAACAUCAUUUUUAGACACUAUCAGAAAUAAUGUAGUUAAGAAACAUUCAAAUGUAUCCAGUGUUUGGCAUCCUGAACUUGGUUGGUUUACAGCAAAUUCUAAAUGUCAAUGCUCUCCCAAUAUACCACCCUUGAAAAGUCAAUUAAUUCCACUAUGGUGUGGAAAUUUAUGUUCGAAGUUACUGCGAUGUCAUUUGAUUAAUGCUUUAGCACAAAUACCUGAGAAUCAACAAGUACCAUCUCCUCCACCUAAAACAAAUAAUCCAAUAGCAAUAAUCAAGAAAGCUUUUGAUCUAAGACUAUCCAAUACCAAUCAGUUUACCUAUAAACUUACUGGUAUUCAUGGUACAAAAGUAGUUGCUGCUUGCAACUUAUAUUUCACUUGUCUUAAGACAAUAACACAGCUCAAACUAGAUAUAAUAACUGGUUUAUGUUAUCACGAAGACACCCUUUAUUUACUAUGGAGGUUUUUGGCAUUUUUAGAUUCUCAUUGUGGCCUCAAAAAUUUGUUAGAUAUUUUAGAAAGUGAUAAAAAUUGCAAUUCAGGAGAAUUACGUAUGCUACAAUUAUUUUGUGAUAGUAUGUCACAUUACAUAACUAUACUUGAUGAUAUAGAAAUGUAUGAGCUACAGAAACCAUUUGUAUUGCGGGAUUACAUUUUGAUGUCUAGUUUUUUGAACAUUUUUUUGUAUAAAGGAAUAUCUCAAAAUUUGUUUGAUAUUCAAGAUACAACUUCUUCAUCCAAUAGCUUGUUCCGAUCUUGUCGUACUCUCUUAAUGGUUCUCUAUCGCAGAGAUUGUCGUAGAUCUUUUGCACCAACUGGACAUUGGCUAAUUGGUGAUCUUAAAACUUCUUCAUUUUUUAAUGAACUCAAAAAAGGUCGUAAAAUAUACUCGAUUCUUAUUCAAGAAAUUCCUCACAUUGUUUCUCAUGAAACUAGAGUACGACUCUUUAGAAAAUAUGUCUCUCGUGAAAAAAUUGCUUUGGGUGUACACGAAUAUGAUAAUGAGAAUUUCCAGCCAACAGUUAUAACGAUCCGAAGGAAUAGAAUUAUUGAAGAUGGUUAUACUUAUGUCUCAGAAAUGUCACUUAAGAAUUUUAAAGGUGUAAUUAGAGUAAAAUUCAUAAAUGAACAAGGAUUAGAUGAAGCAGGAAUUGAUCAGGAUGGUGUAUUUAAAGAAUUUCUCGAAGAAACUAUUAAGAGAGUUUUUGACCCCUCAUUAAAUUUAUUUCGAACAACAGAAGAACAACGGUUAUAUCCAUCACCAUCAUCACAUAUUCAAGAAAAUCAUUUGAAUUUAUUUGAAUUUGUUGGUCGUAUAUUAGGAAAAGCUGUUUAUGAGGGUAUUGUUGUUGAAGUUCCAUUUGCAUCGUUCUUUUUAAGUCAGUUGUUAGGACAAACUCAAGAGCUGCUUUAUAGUUCAAUGGAUGAAUUGCCGUCAUUAGAUAAUGAUUUAUAUAGAAAUUUAACAUCAGUCAAACAUUAUGAAGGCGAUGUUUCAGAAUUAGACCUUACUUUUUCAGUGGUUGAUAACCACCUUGGUCAGUUGACCACUCAUGAUCUUAUACCUGGCGGAAGAGUUAUAACUGUUACUAAUCAAAACAAGAUUAAUUAUGUUCAUUUGAUGGCACAUUAUGUUAUGCAUACACAAAUCAAAGCACAGACAGCUGCUUUUAUCAAAGGAUUUAAAUCAGUUAUAAAUCCUGAAUGGUUAUCCUUAUUCUCCACUCCAGAGCUUCAAAAAUUAAUAUCUGGUGACAAUGCUCCUAUCGAUUUACUUGAUCUCAGACGAACUACACAAUACUAUGGAGGAUUUCAUGAUUCUCACCGUGUGAUUCUUUGGUUGUGGGAAGUUCUCCAGAAAGAUUUCACAGAAAAAGAAAGAUCACUAUUUCUAAAAUUUGUAACAAGUUGUUCGAAACCACCAUUGCUUGGUUUUGCAUACUUAGAACCACCUUUUUCCAUACGAUGUGUUCAAGUAUCAGAUGAUGAAGAUUUUGGUGACACCCUAGUAAGUGUCAUUCGAGGAUUCUUCACUAUUCGUAAAAAAGAUCCAAACCUGAGACUACCUUCAGCUUCAACUUGUUUCAACUUGCUCAAACUCCCUAAUUACCAAAAAAAAAGUAUCCUUAGAGACAAACUUAGGUAUGCAAUUUCUUCAAACACUGGAUUUGAACUAUCAUGAUUUUGCUCGAUCAAAUUGUAUACUUUAAAAAAUAAUGAAAUUAUUAUUAUAAUGAUAUAUACAGUUAUGAAAUUAAGAAGUACGAAU